AUGCCCGGCCCGUUUUCCAAUAAAGCACCCUCCUUCGACGGCGAAACCUCUCAAUUGCUGGAGUUCUUCGAGUACUUCGAGGACCUCGCCGAUGGAAACAGCCUCACCGACUCGGAACGUUGCAAGAUGCUCGUACGCUACGCCGAUGUGACCACCAAGCGCUUUUGGACCACUCUAGACGGCUUCGACUCGCGGGACUACGCUACUCUCAAGGCUAGUAUCCUUGCUCAAUAUCCCGGAGCUAGCAAAGGCACCAAGUAUACUAUCAGGGACCUCGAUCGCAUCGCUGGCAGCUACUCGGAACGCACCAUCUCAACCGAAUCUGACCUCUCUCAAUAUUAUCGUGCCUUCCGUCCGAUUUCGACAUGGCUCCUCAAGAACAACAAGAUCUCUAUUCGCGAGCGC